CUCAAAGCCAUUUUCCACGAUAAUCGGGCGCCUUGUUUUUAUGCUAUUUAUUUUUUUUCUUAAAUUAUUUUUUGAUUUUUUUUAUUUGAAAAUGUCGUCAAGAGAUCUGUUACUAAAUGGCGAUUCACCGUAUUUGUCAGAAUUAUUCGCUGAGAAAACGAGUUUGACAAAUAAUGACCUGUCUUGUAAUUUUAAACAUUCGAAAGUUCUGCUGGCGCAAGAAAUCGAUCGAGUGACAACGGGAUCGAAAAAGAUGGUCGACUUACACGUCAGUAAACCAAUGAAAUUGGAAGUUAAAGUUCGCCUGCCGGUCAAAGAGUACCCCAACUUCAAUUUUAUGGGCAAGAUUAUCGGACAGAACGCAAACACACUUAAGCAAAUGCAGAUUGAGACAGGAACAAAAAUGAUUAUUCAGGGAGCUGGUUCACUCAAGGAUAAGUCCAAGGAGGAGGAGUUGAGAAAAGAAGGUGGCAAGUAUGCGCAUCUACACGAGGAGCUGCACAUUCUCAUUGAAGCUUUUGGCUCUGCUUCUGAAUGCUACUACAAAGUGUCUCUUGCACUAGGCAGGCUCAAUGAACUUUUCAUGAUGGAGAACAUUGGUGAUGGAGGAAGGAUGAUUCCAGGUAGAGGAGGACCGAUGGUACCUCAUCGACCACACCAUGCCAGAGGACCACCUGCCAGUCCUGCUGCUUGGCAAUCAGGUAAUCCAAGAGCCCCUAGGCCAGGGCCUGCAACAACUCCAAAAUCAUCAAGUCAACCAACUCACCACCACUAUGCCGGCAGCAGUAGCACAAGCAACAACAUCAGCAACAGCGGUGUCACAAACAACAACAGCAGCAACCACCAUCACCACAGCAGCAGCACUUCCAGCAAUGCUUACUCUCUCUCUUCUGCCUUCCCCAGUCAUGGAAAUGAUAUUCCAAGUUAUCUAAGGUAUGGCCACUGAGAGAUACAAAGUGGCCUUGGCAGCGGCUGUAGAUGCUGAUGACGUUUAUGGUAGUUUACACUAUCCAACUACGACUUCUAUUUCUUCUGCUGCUGCUUAUUCUGCUACUUCAAAUAUCAGCACCAUUAAAUCAGGGAGAAUUCAUUCUAAUAUUAAGUAUCAUCCUUAUAAGAAGAGCCAUCAUAAAUAAAUGAAUAUGCGUGUGUGUGUGUGUAGUUGAUUUUAUGUGGAACGUGUAUGUAUAUUUACACAAAUAUGUGUAUGUAUAAAUUAAUUAUUAUUAAUAUGUUAAAAGUUAUUGAUUAAUAUCGCAUUUUUAUACAUUUAUCAU